AUGACAUGCACUGAUCUUACACAUCACCGAACGCCAUUCAAUCACACAGAGGCAACCAUCAAAGGUUCAAGUCAUACUGGCAAGGUUUACCGAGACUCGGGUGCUUGCUGCCUGCCCCUGGGACCGGUAACUUUGGGCUUGUGUUGCAUGGCUACACAUGCGCUCAGCGUAGUCCUACUACACCUGGGUAUAGAUUAUGUGGCGCUCUCACAAACCUUUCUAUCUUCGCCGCAUGCUCUCCGCAAUCAUCAGACGAGCGUCUUGUAG